AAAACAAAAACACCAGGAAAGGAGGACACAACCAGAGCACAAUAGUUGGAAGAUGGAAUUAUUUUGCUUUUAGAAAACAAAACACAGAAAACAGCCUUCUGGCAGUAUCUCCAUAAGCAGGAGAGCUGUUAACAUUUGCAAGAGGACCUAAGUUAAAGGAGCUUCAUACUACAACUCUCUUCCUAGUUAACAGGAUAGUGGCCAACAGACAAACUUGUCAAAGAAUUUCUUCAAGUUGUACAUCCACUCUCCCAGAUUGACUCCAUGCACUCACCUGGGGCACAGGCCCUCUUCACAACAUUGGGAAAGACAAAAGAUUUCAUAAAACAAGGUCGAGAGAAGUUGGAACAGACUAUCAAGGCCUCCGGUUCCAGGCUGUGCUCCUAUGCUGAAAGAGUAGCUGUUUUAAUGGACCAUUCCAGAAGCCCAGAGCACAAUAACCAGUCUUCAUCACCAAGUGACAAUAUCAACCUUGGACCCUUUGCUAAUCCCAAUGCCAAGCCAACUGAUUUUGACUUCCUAAAAGUAAUUGGCAAAGGAAGCUUUGGGAAAGUCCUUUUGUCCAAACACAAGUCUGAUGGAAGAUUCUAUGCUAUAAAAGUUUUGCAGAAAAAGUCCAUCCUUAAGAAAAAAGAGCAAAACCACAUAAUGGCAGAACGUAAUGUGCUCCUGAAGAAUGUGAAACAUCCUUUCCUUGUGGGGCUCCACUAUUCUUUCCAGACCAAGGAGAAACUCUACUUUGUACUGGAUUAUGUAAACGGAGGAGAGUUAUUCUUCCACCUACAAAGGGAGCGCUGUUUCCGUGAACCUCGAGCUCGCUUCUAUGCAGCAGAAAUGGCCAGUGCGGUUGGCUACCUUCACUCACUGAAUAUCAUAUACAGGGACUUGAAACCAGAAAAUAUUCUUUUGGAUUCUCAGGGUCACAUUGUUCUGACAGAUUUUGGACUUUGCAAAGAAGGAAUGGAGCCAGAAGAAACAACAUCUACUUUUUGUGGCACACCAGAAUAUUUGGCCCCAGAAGUACUUAAAAAGCAGCCUUAUGACCGAACUGUUGACUGGUGGUGCCUUGGAGCCGUGCUUUAUGAAAUGCUAUUUGGCUUGCCUCCAUUUUACAGCCGGGAUAUGUCACAGAUGUAUGAGAAUAUCCUGCACAAACCACUUCAGAUUCAAGGAACCAAGACGAUAGCAGCUUGUGAUAUCCUACAAGGACUUCUUCAUAAAGAUCAGAAGAAGAGGCUUGGAGCCAAGACCGAUUUUCUUGAAAUAAAAAACCAUAUGUUCUUCGCUCCAAUAAACUGGGAUGAUUUGUAUAAUAAGAAGAUCACUCCUCCAUUUGAUCCUAAUGUAGCUGGGCCAGCUGAUCUACGACAUUUUGACCCAGAAUUCACUCAGGAAACUGUUCCCAAUUCCCUCAUUCAAACUCCUGAUUUAGCUACCAGCAGUUCCAGUGCAACAAAUGCUUUCCUGGGUUUUUCUUAUGCACCAAAUGAUGACGAUUAAAGCAUCUCAUGUAAACAAGACUUGUGAAAUCCAGGUUUAGCUCAUUAUUUAAAUAAGAGGAAGACGUCAUAUGUCUAAUUUCUAACUGGAAAAGAACCAACUUUGCAACUUUGACAUACAGAGACUUACAAUGUGAAUGUUCCUCUUCCUGAACAUUGCCAAUCACGGUAAUUAAAAUAACUUUAUUUAUAGAGACAUGAACAAAUUUAUUGAUACAUCCUUUUACCAAAUGGAUGAGAGCCUAAAAGAAUGCAAGAUGCUUAAAAAAGAUUUAUUGUAUUCUAAAUAACUAAUUAUUUUGUAUUCACUUGUUUUAAGUUGGGGGCACUACGAAUUCAAACUAGUUGAAUUUUCUUGCAACAUUAUUCUAGAUUUUAUGGUUCAAGCAUUUUUGAUUGCAAUUUGCUUUUCAUUGUGUAUGCUCUUGAAUAACUCUUUUGAGUUAGUCAGAAUAGCUGUAACUACCUCUCCUUGACUCCAAUCCUCAUAGCUAGUCCUUCUACUGGUAUGAAAUUAGCAUGGCAUUUGUAUUCAUUCUUCUCAAAUCAUUUGACACCUCCAGGCUUUUUGUCAGGUUUCAGGUAUUUUUAGUUUUGAAUGCACUGCAACAAAAUGUAAUCGGUGGAAACAGCAAGCCAUCCCAUUAUACAGUCUACUGGAUUCCAAGUCUUAUUGUUUUAGCCUGGAAAUAUUCCAGUGAUCUCUGUUUAUAUAUAUAUUUUUAAUAAUCUUGCUUAGUUGUUUCUGUUUAUUUGAAAAUUAAACUCUGAUAAUAACUACCUCUUAACAGCACAGAUCCAAAAGAAGUCAAUGGAUUUAUUUUUAAGAACCAUAAAGAAAAACAAACUGCCUAAACAAAUCUGUUAAGCCCAAAAUUGUAUUAAUGAAUAUGUAAAAAUAAAGUCUCCAUGUAGAAUUUUAUGGACACAAUAUAUAAUUUUUUUGGCAACAAUAUGUAAAUUGUUUCAAACACAGGCAAAGUUGACCUUGUGAUUUUUAUGAAUAAAAAAGGGAAUGUUACAAUGUUGUUA